AUGACAGUUAAAGUACUAGUUUUACAUCUGAGUAGUCCUAAGAGGUAUGUUUCAAUAUUAAAACGAGAGAAGCUCCUUGAGGUGUCAGUUGCAGUAGAAGAAAUACAUCAGGGUGUUGACAAGUGUGUGGAUGUUGAAG